UACUACUAACAUUUAUGAUAAUGGUGUGCUAUGUCCUUAUUGCUUUUUUUUUUUUUCCCCUAACUGGUACAUUUUAAAUCGAGCCUGCCUCAUAAAUUAAGUAAAUGCAAUGUAAAAGUCAGUUAGGCAUUAAAAUUCUAAAUACCAUUCAAUAUAAGCAUUUCAAACUAUCAUUAAAUCAUGAGAUUCUUGAGAUUUUUUUCCUUCAAUUAGGCCAGUUUUCCUCAAUUAUCAUUCUAUUAUUAGCUCAUGUCAAAGAUGUCUGCAUGCCUACCACUGAAAACAAUUAAGUAUUUACAUCCUAAAGCAUGACACACACACAAUUUUAUUCUAGUAGCACUGAGUAUAUUUACAACAAAAAAUAUUGCAAGACUGGUAUAACUGGAGUUUUUUAAAAAAACUUUUCACAUCAAUACAUGAAUGUAUAUUAAGCCAUCUCUAUGUACUGCAUAAUCAUUUGACAUAACUAGUUUAAUAGGUCAAAUGAUAUUUUUUAAAAAAUUACUGAAAAAUAGUUAAAUAUAUGACUCCCAUAAAAUAAAUAUAACCCCCAAGCCUAGAUUAAAAUCGGCUGAACUGCACAAAAAUGUACUGUUAUUUGCAAUCCCUCUCUAUAGGUCAUUUCCAUAAAAAAAUUUCGGGGAUGGAAAACACGCUUCUCCGAAUAGCUUAAUUCUCGCUUCAACAAUGAGGGGCGUCUAAGAUCACUGAAAGGAUUCAGCUACAGAAGGCAAUUCAUUUCACGUGUUCAGUGUAACAGAAAAUCACUGUGUUGCAGCAACAAGCAGUACUUGCACUAGAGUAUUAUUCAUUCCAGGGCGCCCAGUUCACCCACAGUGAUAAUCGCGGACCGGUGAAUCCUAUGUUAUGUAAAUCACCUUCAGCUCCUUGUGUGAGGGGUGCUUAAGGAAGCCGCUUAGAAAACACAGUCCUGGCGUCCUUUAAACUAAAUGACUUCACUUUCCUGAACACUCUAGAUCUAAUGAGUUUCCUAGUAUACCUUUUCUCACCAUCCAUUUUUCUUUCUCAAAGUGCAAAUCGUUAGUGAAAAGGCGCUGGUUGCACCAAUUAGUUUGCACAAAGUGCUUCGGUGUUUAGCUUCGCUUUAACCCAAUUAAGCUGCACAGUGAGCCCCGAAGAUGCGCCACCUGCGCGCCUGGCUCAAGCCAGGCCCGGCCGGCAUCCCUCGCAGGCCCGCGUCCUUCCCGUUGGACCCACUUAAGGUCCCCCGAACAGCCCUGGGGCCUCCUCGUCCUCGGCUGUCUCACGUCCUUGACAACCAAGGGUGUUCUGCAGGUGGCCCAAGAAGGCAAGGGGCGAGGUCUUGGGGCAAGCAUCUCUGGCCUGAACCCAAGGGAGAGAGCGCAGGGCACAGGGGCCCGCGGCUGGGGCUUGGCUGCGACCACACCUGGGCCGGACGUGGGCGGUGCAGGCUGAGGGGUGCGUGGGCAGAGCGUGGUCUGGAGCAGACGUGGAGAGUAAGCCGGGACACCAAGUAAGGUUUUCAAAUAAGCUCACGCAGAAAUAAAGCGUAACGAUCUUGAGCCCAGAGAGGAAAGUAAGAGGGCACGGGAAUGCGGAGCAGCGAGAGAGAGGCGGCGAGCGGACGGCACAGGGCCACACGCGCCGGGUGAGGGCAGAAGGCGGCGUUUCCCCAGAGACCACUGCACAUCCUCGCCGUCGUGGCUGCAGGUUCUCCGGCUCUGAUGCGUCUCCCCUCCAACUGCCAAAAGGUAGUGGUGCAUUCACCCGCGACGACGGCAAAGUGGGGAGGGGUUUUUUGGGUGUUCCCAGACCCUGCUCUUAAGGGGAUGGAAGGUUCUUGGGAAAUAGAGUAGAUGGGUGCCACGCACCCCAUUGUAUACUAUUUUCAGCUAAAUUGGAAUCUAUCACUGUUGGAUAAGGAGAAAUUAAAUAAUAGGUGGUUUUGUGAUGCUGUACCUGUGCAAAACAAAACACACAAACAAAAAUCAAAAGCUUAAGUAGCAAGUGGGAACCCUGAAGAACAUCUUGUUAAAAGUGGCUCUGAAAGUGUCUACAAACAUGUUACCGGGAGUUAUAGGAUUUGGCGGGAAAUAUUCUUAAUUGGAAAGACGUGGCAUCUAAAUUAAAGGUAGACAAUUAAAAAAAUCCACCUAGUUUUAAAAACCACAACAUAACCACUAAGUAGUAUUUCUUUAGUUUCCUGUACUUUGAGGACACAACUGGACCACCAACCAGAAAAAAAAAUUCCUCCUUCUGUUUCCAGGUUCCAAAAUUCAGAAAUGAAAUGAUUUAUUUCAUUUUUGUUUUCAAAAUGAUGUUUAAAUAAAAAAAAAACACCCCAGAUAACUGCAAGUUAAUUUUCUUUGCAAAUGUUAACCAUUUUCCCUUAAUUAAAUCACACGAAAUAGUAUAAAAUUAGAAGUCUACUGCCAGGUCACCACUUAAGGACACUUAAGACAGGAGAUAUAUCGUUAAUUAUACAUCUGUAAACAAGCCAGAAACCCCAAACCUUCAAUUUUUGGGAUAGUUAUCUGUGAGGAAGCUUGAUCUCUAUGAUCUCACCUGAAUUUUAUGUACUAAAAUACAGGUCACUAUGAAAUAACGCUAAAGUACUCUGUCCAUCCCACAAACAAUUUAUUUUUCAAAUGUUUCUAUAAGUGCAUAUAUAGCGUUGUGUCCUGCUUGUAAUGCUGGGCAAGUCCACCAAAGUGCAAAGACUGCAUCUGCUGGGGCAGAGGGAUGUACGAAAUAUUUUUUAAACAUCCUAACUUAAACAGGGGUAGAACAUCUCACACACUCAGCAAUAAUUUUCAGAUUCAACAAAUGGAGAAAAGGAAAAAAACAUAAGUAAAAAAAGAGCAUACUACCUCCAUAACGUUUCAAAAAAUCAUUUUAACAUAUAGGAACAUCCAGAAUGAGAAAAUUACACAGGUACUCCUCCAUCUAAAGCCAACUUCCAUAUGCCAGUAGUCUGCAUGAAAGAACAAACUUUCAACCUGCAUUUAAGAAGACCCCAAGGAUUAACAGACGUUAAUUAUCUUACUCUAAAUGCAAGUUAGUGAUUUUGUUUUAGAAAACCCCGUCAAGAUCACUAAUUGAUGGAUGCCCAUUAAUACACCUGUAUUUGCAUUUCAGCGGUAAAAAGACAAGCAGGUUUUCGGCACAGAAGAGAGCCGCUUUGCCAAGUCUUUUCAAAACGUCAAUAUGCUUCAAGUAAUACCAAAGCUGAGAGAUUCCUCUUGAUUUCCAAACUGUCUAGGUGGCCUGGGUGGUUUUCUGCCGGCAGCAGCCUCCUACCUUUAGUUUGUGUGCCUAUAUCCAUGAGUGGGGAUUAAUUAGCCGGGUUGGAGCUGAAGGAGGCUGUCGUGACGAGCCCAGUGGCGAUUGGCCGCCCGCCUGCCUGGCCCUGCCUUUAUAAUUUCCACACGAGUGCAUCUGGGCUCUUAGACAAACCAACAGCAGCUUCUUCUGACAUAUACACACGCACACUCACCCCGGACACACUCUCAGCACACUUUUCCUCCAUUUGAUUAACAGUGCUGCACACACAAUGAUUACGGGAAAGCGCAAAUAAAUACGGAAAGGGGUGCUUAUUUUGACUACUGGAAGAGCUUUGCUGGGUCUCAGCGCAACUUUUGUUUUUUAUUCCUGAGAAGGUGAUCUCUCCAUGCGGUUCUCUCACACAAGGAUUCUUUAAAAGAGGAAGAGAGACAAGGAGAGGGGGGAGGACAAUCUUUCACUUUAAGAACGGCUGGGCUCAAAGAUAAAAGGAAGGGAAAGGCAGCGGCGGCAGCAGCAGCAGCAGCAGCAGCAGCAGCAGGGAAACCAACGCUGCAGCACUUCCGAAAGGCAUUUUUGAUCCAUUUCUGAGUGUUGCGGCCCGUUUCUCCACCGAAGUUGGCUCCAGCUCUAGCAGCCGCAUUGGAUCCCACAGCUUACUGCGAGACUCCGGUGUACAAUCCGGAUCUCUGCCCCAACAUGAUUGCGGCCCAGGCCAAGCUGGUCUACCAUCUGAAUAAAUACUACAACGAAAAAUGCCAAGCCAGGAAAGCUGCCAUUGCCAAAACUAUCCGGGAAGUCUGCAAAGUAGUUUCCGACGUACUGAAGGAAGUGGAAGUGCAGGAGCCGCGGUUCAUCAGCUCUCUCAACGAGAUGGACAAUCGCUACGAGGGCCUCGAGGUCAUCUCCCCCACCGAAUUUGAAGUGGUGCUUUAUCUCAACCAAAUGGGGGUGUUCAACUUCGUGGACGAUGGCUCACUGCCCGGCUGCGCGGUGCUGAAGUUGAGCGACGGGCGCAAGAGGAGCAUGUCCCUCUGGGUGGAAUUCAUUACCGCCUCCGGCUACCUCUCGGCGCGCAAAAUCCGGUCCAGGUUUCAGACGCUGGUGGCUCAAGCGGUAGACAAAUGUAGCUACCGGGAUGUGGUAAAGAUGGUGGCAGACACCAGCGAAGUGAAACUGAGAAUCCGAGAUAGGUACGUGGUGCAGAUCACGCCGGCCUUUAAAUGCACCGGGAUCUGGCCGAGGAGUGCUGCCCACUGGCCACUUCCCCACAUCCCCUGGCCGGGACCCAACCGGGUGGCGGAGGUCAAGGCGGAAGGUUUCAAUCUCUUGUCCAAGGAGUGCCACUCCUUGGCCGGCAAGCAGAGCUCGGCGGAGAGCGACGCCUGGGUGCUGCAGUUCGCGGAGGCAGAGAACAGACUGCAGAUGGGGGGCUGCAGAAAGAAGUGCCUCUCCAUCCUCAAAACCUUAAGGGAUCGUCACCUUGAACUGCCGGGCCAGCCCUUGAACAAUUACCAUAUGAAGACUCUGGUUUCCUACGAGUGUGAAAAGCAUCCCCGAGAGUCGGACUGGGACGAGUCUUGCCUGGGUGAUCGGCUGAACGGGAUUUUGCUGCAACUUAUCUCCUGCCUGCAGUGCCGGCGGUGUCCCCACUACUUUCUACCGAACUUAGAUCUGUUUCAAGGCAAACCUCACUCAGCUCUGGAAAACGCUGCCAAACAAACGUGGCGACUGGCAAGAGAGAUCCUGACCAACCCGAAAAGUUUGGAAAAACUUUAGAGGAUGAUUUAAUCAAGAGCCGAAAUUAUUACCCUUCUCAAAGUCCUUAUUAAGUGUAAACUUCUGUUCAAUUCCUAAUACUCCACUCCGCAGUGCAAACAAUCUCUUCCUUUAAAAAGGAAUAAUAAUACAAUAUUUAAACAUCAUCUCACCCACCCCCACAAGGGGAGAAAAAGUAGGGGAAGCGGAUGGAGAAAAACCCAAAGCCACUAGUAUUAGAAGACUUCUUUCCACACGAUUUCCUAUCUCCCUUGAAAA